AUUUAACCAAAUAAAAUUGACUUUUGCUUUAGUAUGAAAAUGUUAAAGUAUGUGUGAUGUUUUGUAAAAUAGUCAAUCUGAAUCUGCAACUUUAAUUCUCUGCUGGCACUAAAAUAUGACUCGAAGAGACAAAACUGAAGUCCAGUUUCCCCAUCUGCUCAACUAGGCAGCGUAAUCAGGCGUAAUUGUCCUCAAAACAUUCUGCAGAUGACAGCUCAGAGACAGACUCAUAAUGUCGCUUAACAGCACAUAUUCCAGCCCAUAAACAAACAAAACAUACAAAUGUUGUGAUAAAGUGCAGGAAUCAAAGAUGUCCCACACAAUUCACCUCUCUCUCUAUAUCCAGUGUAAAAGCGUCACAGUCGAGCGCUGCAGCUCUUUCACUCUUCUCUGGUGGAGUGAAUGUACAUGAUGGAAAUAUUUAUGACGUUCCUCCUCACUGGAUGUCUGAUACAAGGAGUUUUUUGUGGCUUCAGUAUCAGUCUGCCGGAGAGAGUAGAAGCUCUAGAAGGAUCCUGUGUUUUCAUACCCUGCACAUUUAAUAUUGAACAACAAUAUGAACAAUAUCUCACUGAUGUGAAGAGAAUAUGGUAUAAAGACAAAAACAUAGUGUUUGACUCCAGUAGGUCCGACACUGGAUUGUUAAGAGGAGAAAUAUUUGGCACUCCUACAGAGAAAAACUGCACCACCCACUUCGAUAAUGUUGAGCAGAAAGAUAAUGGGUCAUAUUCCUUCAGACUUGAAGCCAAAGUUGGAUUGAAACAUAAUUUCACAAACACUGUUGAAAUUGUCGUCAUAGUUGAGUGUCAUAUUGUUCAUGCUGCUUCUGUCUUAAUAGUCUCCACCCAAACCCACAGUGAGUCUGUUGAAGGAUCAGCAGGAGGUGACGGAGGUGACGGAGGGAAGCUCUGUGAAUCUGCGCUGCUCGACUAAGAUCUUCUG